GCUGUCGAUUCUUUUCCUGUUGUUCGGACCUGAAAAAUUCUAAGUUCUAUCAUAAAAUUUACGUGAAAUUGUGUAAAAUUCAGUAUUUAAUAGUGUUCAACGGCCAUCGCAUCAGCUAAAUCCGUGUUUUAAUCCGCCAACAAAGUUCAAGUCGACUAACUCAUCAAGAUCACUCACCCUUGGAUCGGACGGCGAUCUUCCAGUAUGCUGUUGGUGGUUCCGACUGGUGCUGCUGAGAAGCAGUUUGGACCAGUCGCUGAGCUCGCAUCGUCGUCGUACCCAUUUCCGGUGGAGACCAUAGUUUAAAUCCAGCAAUUAUUCAAUUUGAAAUCGGGUGCGAGUUUCUCAGAUAUUGCAACGCCCCUCUGUUGUGUGAACCCGUUUGUGAUAAGAUAUCAAUCAGCGUACAGAUAUCGAACGGCAAAACCAAACCUGCUAAAGCUUAUCGGUUGAGCGGUUCAGUGUCGUGAGCCUAAAGAAAAAAGAAACUCUAGUGAUGAAGCCGGAAGACAGCCGGAUGGCGGCGACCAACAGCGUCUUCCGGACGCUGUACGGCGGCGGAGCGAACCACGGUGAGCGGUACGGGUCGCGGCUGGCCGGCGGAACCAAAGACAGCCUCGACUUUAUCCGCCGGCUGGACCUGUGGAAGUCGCUUAAGGUGCACAAGGGUUGCGUCAACACGGUAUUCUGGAGCGACGACGGCCAGCUGCUGCUGUCCGGUUCCGACGAUCAGCACAUUGUCGUGAGCGAUCCGUUCACGGGCCGCACGCUGCACAAGUACAAUACGACGCACCGGGCGAACAUUUUCAGCGCACGCUUCCUGCCGCAGAGUGGAAACCGGGAGAUUGUGUCGUGCUCGGGGGAUGGGAUUGUGCUGUACACGGACUUGAAGAACGCGGAGCUUGCGGCUGGGGAGGCGGGCUUGCGGAGCUGGAACAGCUUCAACUGUCACAGCAAUGGGACGACGUACGAGGUGAUGACGGUGCCGACGGAACCGAAGUCGUUUAUGAGCUGUGGCGAGGAUGGGACUGUUCGGUUGUUUGACCUGCGGAAGAUGACGCGGUGCGUGAAGACGUGCUGCAAGGACAAUAUAUUGAUUUUGAGUCCGUCGGCGGUGACGGCGAUGACGCUGGCUCCGAUCUCGAUGAAUUAUAUUGCGGUUGGGAGUUCCGAUAGUCAUGUGAGGAUUUAUGAUAGGAGGUUCUUGAAGAUGGUGGACUGUAGCGUGCCGGGAUCGCCGAACGAUCGCCAUACGGUGCCGGUGAAGAUGUUUACGAAUCCGUCGGGCGAGAAGCGGAGUUUCCGGGUGACUUCGAUUGCGUAUAGUGCGGAUGAGCGGGAACUGCUGGUGAACUACUCGUCCGACCAUCUGUACCUGUUUGACGCGACCCGGGAGGGAAUUGAGGUGCAAGCGGCCCAGCAGGCGGCCUCGAGCAGCGUAGACAAGGGCAAACGGGGUUCCAAAACGCAGCACAGCAUCGACAGUCCGCCGCCCGUGCGUCGGUUGCGUUUGCGUGGGGACUGGUCCGACACGGGACCAGAGGCGCGUCCGGCUCGGGAAAUGGCCUCUCGGGUGCUGGGCGCCGGCCAGGCUCGCCCACAACUUCAGGCUACGAUCAUGCAUCGUAUGACUGAGGUUUUGUCGCGAAUGUUGGCCGACCCGCGGACGCGCAUUGGCCUCACUCACACGAACGAACUGACGAACGAUAGCGAUCUGGCGACCGUUGUGGACGAUUUUCGAACCUUUGCCAGUAGCAGCAGCAGCGGCGAAGGGAAUAGCACAGCUGAAGAGUCAGCGGCGGCCGAACCACAACCAUCGACGAGUGGUGAAAGCAGCAGAGGGUCGUCACGGCCGGGUCAAUCAACCGCUGGAGCCUCGGCGAAACCCGGCGACGACGAUGAUGACGACGACGAAGACGACGACGAAGAAUCCAAUCCAAACCAAAGAAAAAAGUCUGAUAGCAGCAGAGAUGAGGCCGCCGCGUACGAGGCGGAACUGAAAGCACUCAACGAUCUCGAAGCCAAAGUCCUCAGUUACGAUUACGUCCUGCGGAAGUUUGUUGGCCACCGGAAUGCACGCACAAUGAUCAAGGAGGCCACCUUCUGGGGCAACGACUACAUCAUGUCCGGCUCGGACUGUGGCCACGUGUUCACCUGGGAGCGGGCCACCGGCGAGCUCGUGAUGCUGAUGGAGGCCGACCAGCACGUGGUCAACUGCGUGCAGCCGCACCCGACGCUGCCCAUGCUGGCCACGUCCGGCAUCGACUACGACAUCAAGAUUUGGUCCCCAAUGGAGGAGGAGAAGGUGCGGUUCGACCGGGAGGCGGCACUGGAUCUAAUGGAGCGCAACGCAGUGAUGCUGGAGGAAACCAAGGACACCAUCACGGUGCCGGCCUCGUUUAUGAUUCGCAUGCUGGCGUGCAUCCACUCGCUGAGGAAUCGGCGUGCUCCGCCGGCGCCGGCACCCGGGAAUGGCAAUGGCAACGGGGGUGGCGGCGGCGCCAAUGGCGGUGGAGCAGCGUCUGAAGGUGAUACCGAUAGCAAUAGCAACAACAACAGUAACAACAACAAUGAGGGGUCGAGCGAGGGUGGUGGCAGCGGUGCGGAACAUUUCCUGUAAGGAGGAGGAUCGAGGUCUCGAAGAGUGUGUGUUUUAAGAUGUAAGUAUGCGCAAAUCUUUAGCUCGUGUAAGAAGACCGCUGAAGCAUUACACUCGUGCUAACCGGAUUCUGUGACAAACAGAUCUAUUUGGAGCUAUAAAGCAAGAUGUGAUUUUUACGUUGGAUAAAAAAAACUGAUUAUGGUUAUUACAUGUAAUAUAAAAUCAAA